AUGACGCAUAUUCAAAUCAAGAACCUACUCGAAAAAUGCGGAAGCCACCUCAAUCUUCUCAACCAAAUCCUAGCUCACUCCUUGAGGAUAGGAGACUUUCAGCAUAACUCCGCCUGCAUGCUGCUCAAUGCGUAUGCGAAGCUUAACAAACCAGUUGAAGCCCGGAGAUUAUUCGACCUAUUUCCAGGCCCAGAUGUGGGCUUAUGGAACUCUCUCCAGCACCUUUACCUCAAUAGUAAACAGCCCACCAAGGCCUUAAUCGUAUUCUCCAAGCUAAUAUCGUCCGAUUUUGCGAAACCCGACUCCCAUUCCAUAGUCGCAGCUCUCUCGGCAUGCGCGCGCUCAAAGAAUUUAAGAGAUGGAAGAGCAGUCCACGGGCUGGUGUACAAGUACCUUCCGAAUCCAAGGCCCAGCGUGCACAACGCGCUUAUCGACAUGUAUGGUAAGAAUAACAGAGUUGGAUUAGCUGAGCGAGUGUUUAGUAACACAAAUUUCAGGGAUGUCGCCAUUUGGACUAGCUUGCUCAAUGGGCAUAUACUGAGUGGUGAUAUGAAAUCUGCCAAGGCAGUGUUCGACAAAAUGCCUCAAAGAAAUGUGGUUUCUUGGACAGCGAUGAUUGUAGGUCAUGUGCGUAAGAAGAAUGCAAUUGAAGGAUUAGAGUUGUUCACGAAGAUGAUGCGUGAUGAAGUUGGAGAACACUGUGAUGCCACUACCGUUACCAUUGUGGCAGUGCUUUCUGGUUGUGCGGAUAUUGGGGCCCUUCAUUUAGGAAGUUCUCUUCAUGGGUACGUUAACAAACGAGCCGGGUUUGCUUCGGAUGUUUCUGUGAAUAAUGGGAUUUUAGAUAUGUAUGGAAAAAGCGGCAAUCUUGAUUCGGCUUUGAAGCUCUUUGAUAGAAUGAGGAGAAAAGAUUUGUUUUCAUGGACCACUAUGAUUUCUGGUCUGGCACUAAACGGAAAAGGUAAACAUGCCCUUGUGGUUUUUGACUCAAUGGUGAGAUCCGGCUUCAUCCCGAAUGAAGUUACGUUUCUGUCAGUUUUAUCCGCAUGCAGCCAUGCAGGAUUAGUUGAUGAUGGAGAGAGACUAUUUGACAGCUUUAUGAAUAGUUACAAAAUGAAACCCCGAAUCGAGCAUUUUGGGUGCAUGGUUGAUCUUUUUGUCCGGGCAGGACAUUUAGAGAAAGCCAUCAGGCUGAUUGAAGGGAUGCCUCUGAAGCCAGAUGCCAUUAUCUGGAGAUCGCUUUUAGGGGCUUGUUUGGAACACAGGAAUUUAGAAUUGGCUGAAUUAUUUGGGAAGAAAAUACUUGAACUGGAACCAUAUGAUGAUUCGGUGUAUGUUCUCCUUUGGAAUAUGUAUCGGUCGAAAAACAUGUGGUUUGAUGCUUUAAGGGUGAUGAAGAUGAUGAGAGAUCAAAGGAUCAAGAAAACACCCGGUUGCAGUUGGAUCGAAGUUGAUGGCGUUGUUCAUGAGUUCCUUGCCGAAGCUGUCAAGCAACAUGUUGGUGAUAAAGUUUCGAUUGUUCUUGAUGGGAUGAUUGAACAGUUAAAAUUAGAUCCUAAUCCUCUUAUUCUUGAGUGA